GAAAAUACAUCAAAGCUCAUCUUACUCUCUCUCCUCGCUCUCUCUGGCCUGCUUGCUUCAUUUGUCAGACAAAAAUCUCCGCCCACCUCUCACUCUCUGUAGUUCGUUUCAAUUUCACUGCAGCCCCAAAUGGCCGACCGAGUCCACCCGCGCGACUCGCCCUUUCACACCGAAACGACGCCGUUGUCCUUAUCAAGGCCAUCCCCGCCAGACUCCGAGAAGCCCGUCCCUCCGCCGGGCACCUACGUCAUCCAGAUCCCGAAGGACCAGGUCUACCGGGUCCCGCCGCCGGAGAAUGCCAGCCGCUACCAGAGCUACACUCACCGGAAGCCUCGCCGGAGCUCCUGCCACUGCUGCUGCUGCUGGUUCCUCGGCCUCCUCGCCGCCAUCGUCUUCCUCUCCGCGGCCGCCGCCGGCAUCUUCUACCUCGUCGUCCGCCCCGAGGCCCCCAACUACUCCGUUGAGAGCAUCGCAUUCAAAGGCUUCAACCUCACAACGACGUCGUCCCUGCCGUCCGCCAUCUCGCCGGAGAUCCACGUCACCGUCCGGGCCCAGAACCCUAACAAGAAGAUCGGGAUCUACUACGAGAGAGAGAGCUCCGUCAAGCUCUUUUACUCCGACAUCAAACUGUGUGACGGCGUUCUGCCGGCGUUUUACCAGCCGUCAAAGAACGUAACAGAGUUUCGAACGGCGUUAACGGGGUCCGGGAUCGAACUGACGAGCGCAGUGCACAAGGGCUUAGUGGAUGCGCAGAAGCAAGGGAAGGUGCCGUUAGAUCUGGACCUGAGAGCGCCCGUUAGAAUUAAAGUGGGGCCCAUUAAGACGUGGACGAUUACCGUCAAGGUUGCCUGUCACUUAACUGUCAAUAGACUGACAGCAGACGCCAGCAUUGUGUCUAGGGACUGUGAUUACGGCGUGGAUCCUUGGUAGAAUAAUGGAAUAUGCUUAGUUUUGUUAUGCGCUUUAAUUUUUGUUUUAGAAUUAGACAAUUUGUUCUUCUUUUUGGUGUGAAUUUAGACGAUACGAUUUGAUUCAUACAAUUAUUUAUUGGAGAUACUUACAAUGAUUUACACACGAUAAUAUUUUAUUUUGUGAGAUAAUGAUUAGAAAA